AUGGAAUGGCAGCUAUUUCGCGCCGUGUGGCUGGCCCUGCUCAUCGGCGCCGUCCUGUCGUGCGUGGCGUCAGAAACAAGUGAACAGAAGUCUGAGGCUGAUUUCACCAUUACCAUCCCGAAAGGGGGACUUGAGAGAGACGUGGAGCAGGUGUUUUCUCUCGGACCCUCUGGCAUCCUCCAGGUCAUUGACGAAACCGGGAAAGCCAAGUAUCUGCCCGAACCGAGCACAACCUCUGAUGAUGCUUUGUCAGAGCAGUACAGCGUUGCAUAUCGAUUUGAGAACGGAGAGUGUGAUUUUACUGAGACCGUCAACUUUAAGGACACAUUUCCCGUGUCUUCAACGCCUUUCUGGGUACGGGAGGAGGCUACCUCAGGGGAGGAUGAGAAGACAUCCUCGGAGGUUGUGAAGUACAUGUUUACGAAUCCGCCUGCAAAAGAUUUGGGCAAGGGGUUAAGUUUUUGUGUUCGUUUUAAGACGGUGCUUGCUGCGGGAUCGGAUCCACAAACCAACACCUCGACUGAGACACCGGGCGGGGGACGUCCAGAGGGAAGUACCGACGCAGAAAACCAGGAUACCUCGGGGCCAGCUCCAGAGCUAGAUCCUGAGCACUCCUCCCCAGACGGUGAGUCGGGGUCCACUGGGCCGGGAGCCUUGCCAGAACUAGAGCAAGAAGAUCAAGCACAAAAAGAGGAGUCCGGUAAAGGCGAGAACGUGCCUUCGGUGGAUUCCGCUACUCCCAACGGUGGCGCAAUCUCGCCGGCAAUUUCACCUGAACCAGCUUCUCAAGUAGCCAUCCCGAACAUGGACGGUACUGUUGAGACGACUCCACGAAACGCAUCCUCUCCUAGACCUGACAAGGACGACCAGGAUCUCGACAGUGAUACGAGCGAACCGAGCAGGGCUCAGCUGCGGCGCCUCAGUGCGAAUCCUUCAGUGAAGGAUGCAUUCCUCACUGUUGUAGUGCACUCCGCGGCGUGGGGCCUUGCAAGUGCAAUGAGUGAACUGUCUGUUCUUCUUCUCCCUGUGGCAGCUGCACUGUUACCAACUUCAUAG